AUAAACUAUAAAUACGUUGCGUCGUUUGAGGGAGGAGACUUGGUGUGUAAAGAAAUAAAUCAUAAGCAGAACGUACAUACCAAUAUUUGUCGGUUUUUAAACUAUUAGUGUGAGUGUCACGUGUCAGCUACGACAUAUAACAAUAGGUUUACACAACCUUAUUAUUUCCCAAGCUUGAGUGACCCAUCAUUAGUUGUGUUAUAGGAGUUGCGAUAGGUUAUCUGAUUACGAAAGAAGAGAAUAGACCUUACAGCAUAGAAAAACUAAAAAAAACCAGUUUCGUUGGAUAUUACAUAUGUACAAUCCUAUCAAUCAGAAUAUAAGUUCUCAGACAUUUGAGUAUAUCAAAGUGUAGAAUUGUGUUAAAUAAAAUGGUGGUCAUGCAAGCAGAAAUUUAUUAUUCAAGAAGUGGUCUCUUCAAUAUGUGAAAAGUGACGCAACUCGUUGGAGGUCAUGACGGCGAACCUAUGGGGUCACUACGUGCUCACCGGUCCAUCUGCUUUUCGAACCAGUCAUUUCGUUAGCAAAAUUUCGACGAAAGCUCAAGCAGACUAUGUUUGGGUGGAUGACCAAACACAGCCCUUGCCCCGAUCAGCGAGACAGUAUCUUCAUGGAUGGGUUAGAGCUGACGAAUUAGCUUUGAAUCGAUGGGACGCUGAAGUUGUUAUUUUUGAGGAUAACGGCAGUGGUAAGAUGUCAAUCAUAGACAUGCAGCUCAGCCAUGCACAGGUUCUCCUGAGAUCAUCCUUCUGCAGACGAGUCCUCUCUAUGUGCUUCAUGCUUGAAAGGGUUGAUAGUUUAAUUGUGGAACAUCAAUGGGAGAACUUUGUAUUCACAAUGGCCCCGGAAGGCUGGAGGUCUCGGUUUCAUAUUUUCCCCGGAUUGAAACCUGGUGGUGGACAACAACAUCGACCGACACAUUCCAAAAAUGGUUGUUAUCUCGUUCGCCUAUUCUAUCUCGGCGCCUGGCGCUGCGUUUGGGUCAGUGAUCAGGUUCCAGUGGAUGCUACUGAUUCACCACUCCUGCCAUUCUCUCCGCUACUCAGCCGCGCUCCAGCCAAACCAGGCGGUAAACAAGCCCCCGCCAUGGUGACUUCCAACGUCGUACAUCUAUGGCCCUUACUUAUAUGCAAGGCGUUGUUGAAGCUGGCAGCACCCGACUUGAAUUCGGACGAAGACGCGAAUUGUGAAGACGAAUUGAUGCCAGAGUUUGAUAUAUUACACGCCCUAACUGGUUGUUUGAAUCUGGUUUAUAAUAUAAAGAACCCCGAGACCAUAUGGGACAUUAUAACAAGUGAGGUUCCAUUAUUUACUUGGGACGAUGAUGACGAUACCCUGGCUAGCACUGUAAAGUCUAGGAGUACGAAGAAACCUGCUACGAAAGAAACUACGGUUGUCCGGAGAGGAUCUAUGACGUCAAUUCUUAUUGAAGACUCAAAGAAUUCUCCUCCUUACGCUCUCCCGGGAAUUACUCCAGGCCACGAAAUGAAUCUCCUCGUGACUAUGGCUAGGGAUUUACCACUUAAAAAACCGCUACCUGAACCGGAGGUCCCACUGUGGAAAACAUAUCGGUGGGUGGAUUGGGCGCGUCGACAUGGUUUGUACGAGGCUUAUGAUUGUCCGCGCACCCAAUUUCUGAAAGUCAAUGGGUUCUUAAAGCUAUCACACGCUCCGCAUUUGUUAGAUGUCCAAAGUACUGAAUCGAUUACAUUACAAUUUAGAGAAGAACAUGAUAGGACCAAUCCACCGUUAAAGAAAGGUAUAAGAGACAUAAAUCGUUCGCAAACAGCUAAUUCAGCAACAGCUCAGCAACUAAAAGAAGAAUUGAGGGAAUGGAUACCGUAUCUGACAUUAUAUGAGUUAUUAAAGCAGUGCAGCGUUCUGUUUUACCCUUCUAUGUACGAGUUCACAUCGGUAGCUAGCAACCCUCCAGUUAGAAUUACUAAAACGGCUCCUAAUAAAGCGCUAGAUAUAGCUGCUUCUAAGUCAUCACCGCUGUACCUGCAAAUUGAUGGACCUGAUGAGAAUAUUUUAAGAAUUUCUCUGAGCGCUCUUCAUCCGCGAGUUCUUUUUAACUGUGGCGUUGCGAUACUUGAUCAUAUAGAACCAGCUCAUUUAGUACUGGAAGUUUUUGAAUGGUUUAAUGACUGCGAGUUGCCCAGGGCAAAAGCGUAUAUUCAUACCCGAGGAUAUGAUUCUGUUGAAGUUAAAUUACAACCAGGAAGGCAUUUUUGCAGAGUUUGGGUUCAUUCUCGUAUGAAUUGGCAUGCUAUGCUUCUGAGUGAAUCAUCCUUACUACUUGGAACUCGAGAUGUGAUCCAGUCUGCAGCUGUCAGAGAUUGCCCGUGGGCAGCACGUUUUUUAUGUAAUCUCGGCAAUGCUUUCCAAAAUUGGAUAAAAGCAACAAGAUCAGCAGUGAACUUAUCAUUAAAUGAUAAAGAAUUUUACGGAUCGUACCAGCCCGAUUUACAAUGGGAUGCAAAUAUAGUGGGUUAUGACAAGGCUUUUCUUCAUUGGAUGUUCAGACAGGCUCUACAGUCCUUACUAUCAAAAAAGCUUGUACGAUCAGACUACAAUAGCGUAUGUUUGGUGUUGAGAAAACAUUUUCUUGACCCAGAUUUUGGGUUCCCACCUAAGCCAAGGCCUCCAUUAAAGCCAGUACGAUACGUUGCAGAAGUAGAUCCAUGUGAUUGCGUUAUGCCAGAAGUAGAAGAACAAGAAGUUGUAGAAGAAGAAACGGAAGAACAACAGUUACUGGAGGAAAUUCCAUUGGUUAAUCAAGAAACAAUGGAUCGACUGCUCACUUUACCAAAACCACCUCUAACGUCUCAAGUCUGUGAGCUUGCCACUGAAGAAUUGCCCUGUGGAGUUCUGAAAAACGAAAGGGAAAAAACCAUCCAAAGACAUGAGGCAGCAACAACAUUGCAAGCUUAUUGGAGAGGAACCUGGGUCCGGCAAUGCUUGACACGCAUGGUCUCCCUUACACCUGAAAUUUUAAAACUUAUAAUGGAUAAUGCUUUUGGUAAUAUGGAGGCACUGUCGUCUCUGAUGAAUGAGUUCUUCAAAAUGUACCCAGGAACGAAAAAGUCGUAUUCAGUUGCUUCUGCACUUAGCGGAGUGUACGGGCUCCAGCAACACAGCGGAUCUUCACCUAUAAGUCCAAAAUGCAAAUGGGUUCCGUACUUUCAGAGCGUAUUUACUUGUCACGCUCCAGUUAAAGUUCACUUGGAUGUUCAAAGUUCACUCCAACACAGCACAUUGGCUGUUUACAAUAAUGAUACCGGUGAACAGAUGCCCCAGGCUUACAACUCUCAUAUAACAUUCAUUUUUCAACCAAAUGAUCAUGGCUAUACGGUCAUGGGCCAUGGGACAUUGAAUCAACCAUCUGGAGUUAAUAGUGAGGUGCAUUGGCAGUUAACAGUACUAUCAUCGAUUGCUGACGUUUUUCACGUAUGUGACAAUGAGAUUGACUCUUGCAAGGAACUGCCACUCUCACCGGCUAGCAAGCUGCAUAUUGAUGAAAUUUUCAUUCCUAAUCGCAAGAAUAUAUUGGGUGGCAUACAAAUAUUGGUCACAAAACAUGAUGCUGUUUGUUUUAGAGCAGCUGCUACAUCCCCAGAGCUCGAAAUGGAAGCGAUUUUACGUACCGUGAAUCCGGAUGGAUCUGUGGAAGAAUUGGGCAGGUGUUCAGGGACGGGAGAGCUGCAGUGGCCUUACAUAAGACUAGAACCGACACUACUCAUAGCCAACAACCAAUUCAAAAAAGCUUCCACUUCGCAAGCAAACUUGGCAUCGACGGCCAAAGAAAACAUCACGAGUGCGCGUUCUUUGAGGAGUAAGCAAAAAGCACCGAGUGCUAAGAAUAAAUCUGCAACUAGGGUUAAAGAUAUCAAACUUAAUUUGGAACCGAAGCAGUAUUCAAUUGAAGUCGUGGCUCCGAAAGGAUGGCCUUUGACGUUGGCGCAGUGGAACAGAGUCGAUCAGGUCCGGAAUUCUCAGGAGUCUAACAAAGUGGAAGCCGCUCCUGUCAAGAAACCUGUCAAAGAUAAGGGUGUAUUGAAAGACAAGAUCCAAUCACCAACGCUAUACCAGCCUCAGAUAGGAGAUGCAUAUGUGGAACUGGAAUGCUCGUUGGCGAUCGGAGGUGGUUCGGUGGCGAGGCUUGAUGAUGAGCGGGAUAUACAGUUCGCAACAGCAAAAAGAAAUUGGGAUUUACUUGAGCCUGGCAGGAAUGCUAGAGGAGCGCAGAUCAGGAAAGAGUUCAGGGCGGAUUUUUUAGAGUCCGUACCACCUCCACAGUCUCUGAGUGAACAAAGUUUAGGAGAGGAAAUACUGGGAGAGGAUUUAUUCGGAGAGGAGAAAAAAGAAACACCACCUGCUGCACAACAGGGUCCAACGCCAGCAACUGAGAGCGGGUCUCUUGAAGUAUCAGAAGAGAGCGAGGAAGAGACCAAGUAUCUGACGAUGCCGGAAAUAUUGAAGGACAAAUUUUUACCGUUGUACUUCAUACCAUUGUGUACCAAAGAGUACAAUGAAGAUGAAUGCGUCGUUGUCACACCAGAAAUGGCUGAAGUAGCGAAGAAUGAUCGCCAAAAUCGCAUUGACGCAGCGUUGAAGCGCAUGCGUGAGCUGCAGGCUUACAAUGAGCAGUAUGUGAUAUACAGGCAACGACAGAGGUGCCACUUACUAGAGAAAUUGUUUGUCGAUUCUCAAUGGAAUGAAGAAUUAAAUGCCGUUCUGGAAGAGAGAGACGACGCUAUAGCGAGAGAAGCACUGAUUCGAUCUCUCUCUGCGACAAAAAAGAAGCAGGAGGCAAAGAAGAAAUAAAUAUAAAAAUAAAGUAGGAGAAGGGUAGAGUUUUGCACUAAGUUAAAUAACGUAAAAGACUAAGAAUUUUUUAGUUAGUAUUUUAAUCUCAGAACAGUUUUAAUUUCAGUUAAAUUAAUGUUCAAGCGUAGUUUUCUGUUACAUUAGCUAUUCAUACAAAAUAAACCUAUUCUAUUUCAUGUAAAUAUGUUUUAAUGCUCAUAAAUAAUGUCAAAACGUUAAUAAAAAUUAACGACUGCUAUUAUUGAGUGUUGAUUUAUAAAUGGAAUUGUGUAUGUAUACUGCAUAAUUUCAGGGCAUUGUUAAAGUUUUGGACAGCUAACAUGUAUCUAGUCCGUGAUGUAUGUGUAUUUAUUUAACUUGAUUGAAAUAAAAUAUAAUAAAUGUGAAUUAGUCGCGGUAGCCUAGAUGUUAUAGGCCUGCCUCUCACGCAUAAGGGCGUCGGUUCGAAACCUGGCAAUUACAAAUGUGAUUUCCAAGUUAUAUGUACUUUCUAAGAGUAUUUAGACACCACUGACGGACGGUGAAGGAAAACAUCGUGGGGAAACCUGAACUUACAAUUUCAAAUUAUAUGUUUAAAAUCGCCAAUCUGACUAAAUAGACUGAUGAUGGUGAUGAAUGAAUAUAAAAAUAAUAUUAAUCUUGUCAUGGCAUCGUCUUGCAAAAUACUAUUACCCAUGUCAAUCUAACUUACUAAGUCAGGAUUCAACUUUUCGGUCCACCUUAUUUUUAACACACAAUAUAUAUUCUAAGUGGGAUCAAUGAUACUACGUUACCAUAAUAAAAAAAACUAUAUACAAUUCACACAGACUUUAUCUCAGAAGAACAGGCGUCAAG